GCGCCCUACCCAUAAUCAUAGCACGGGAGAUCGGCGUUCACGGCUGGCCUAGGGGACUGGGUGAGCGCUUGCAUUCUGCGCUUGCACCAUCCACCAAACCCUUCUCGCCGGGUCUGCCUCCCUUGCGCCGCCUUAACAUGCUAAGCAACAAGCGACAAGUGGCUAGCACGAGGCGGUCGGCCGUGGCAGCGCCGGGGCACAAGCGCGUUCUUCACGCGUUCGGUGGCGAGAGACUUGCCCCCCGCCUCGUCGCCGCGGACGCCCUCCCUCAUGAGCCGCCCGGCACCUCCACAGAGGUCCGCAUCUCGGCCUCUCAGCCGCCCGCGGUGUCGGCGGCCACACACCGCCUCAUUUUCAACUACCACCAACUGGAGGUGGCCGCCACUCCGCCCGGCAUUGCGCUGGUGGACGUGACGCCGCAGAUCCGGGAACUUGUGUCGCAGUCGGGUCUGGUUGAGGGCACUGUGAACGUGUUGUCACGCCACACCACCACCGCCGUCACAAUCAACGAGAACGAGACGCGCCUCAUGGACGACGUGCGCCAGUUCCUGUCCAAGCUGGCUCCCGCCUCCGCGCCCUACCUGCACAACGACCUGCACCUGCGGCCCGCGCCCGAGGACUGGCCCGGCGGCUGGGCUGCUUGGGCCGGCCAGGAGCCCCAGAACGCGCACAGCCACCUGUUGAGCAUGGUGCUGGGCAACACACUCGCCAUACCCGUCAGCGGCAGCAGGCUGGCGCUGGGCACGUGGCAGUCCGUACUGCUGGUGGAGCUGGACGGGCCGCGACCGCGUACGGUGGGCGUGCAGCUGACCGGAUAUGCGGCUGGAGGCGCGGCAGGCGGCACGGCGGGCGGCGGUGCCACCGCACCUGCGCGCGAUUAAACUUUGCAUGAUGAGAUUACGAGAGAGGUCGAAAGAUCGGGGGGUUACCAACGGGACCUGCUGACGAGGGAGUAAUUGCAGAAUUCCAGGUACCUAAGCUGGCAGUUGGAGUGGAACUUGCGCGGCGGUGCGGUGUUUUAAUGGCCGUAGGCGAGCUUGGCAGUGAGACGAAUUCAUGGUCAUGGCUUGUAUAUGAUCUACGUAUGUAUGUGUGUGUGUGUGCGGGAGGAGGCGGGGAGGGGAGGGGAGGGGGAGGGGAGGGGGAGGGGGGAGAGGGUUCCGCCGUCACGGGCGCGCCUGCAGCACGCGUCUGCAGCAGCGAGCCGGGCAGAAUCGGUACGAACACCAAGGCCAUGCACGGGUUCGGCUGUCAAAAGAGAAAUGUAAGUUAAUCAGAAUGGAACGUGGUUGUGUGAUUGCGACAUGCAGGCUCCAUCGCCCACUGCGUGAGGGUGCCAUGACAAAUUUGCCCGUCGGGGCAAGGGAGCGAGUUGCGACGUGGCGAGUUCUGGGUGUCAAUGGAGCUGUCAUGGCACAGUCUUUGCUCCCUACGAUGGCGCAGCCUCCAGGGAUGAUGGACUCCAACAGAAAUCCAUUGAUGCUUUCAAAGUUUGCGUUGAAUGCCACGGUGGGGGCUUUGGCUUGGAAGCGCGGGUUGUGCAAAUGGCGCCAACCGCCGUGCCAAUGGGGCGGCCAUGACAAUUGCAGAUAACUAGUUCUGGCAUUUGAUAAUGCAUACAUUGUAUUUACGUACUAUUGC